AUGGGCGAUUCAUUCCGGACUGACGUCCUGAUCGUCGGGGCUGGCCCGUCCGGGUUGAUGGCGGCCGCCUGGAUGUCCCGGAUGGGAGUGAAGACCAUAAUGAUUGAUCAGAAAUCGCAUCAGACGCGAUGCGGUCGAGCGGACGGACUGGAGAGUCGAACGCUAGAAAUUCUGGAUAGUUUCGGCCUGGCGGACAAAGUCUGGGCUCAAGCAAACCACACCGUGGAGAUUGCAUUAUGGGGCUCCACAGCCGAUGGUAAGCUGGAAAGGCAGAGUGUCUCCGCGAAUUCUAAGCCUGGAUGGUCCCGGUUCCAUGAGUCCACACUCAGCCAAGGUGAAAUAGAAGAGUAUCUCAUGGAAUUUGUGCGGACUGGAAAGCACGUUGAAGUGAAGCGGGAAACAAUCCCCACAUCGUUCGAGAUCGAUUACGCGAUGAUCAACGACCAUGAUGCGUUUCCGAUCCGCGUCAACCUGGAAGAUGUGCCAUGCAACCCAAAGACUCCGUUUGAUGGCGUGGCUACUCCGAACAGUGAGCUCAGCGAGGCUCCAUCGGAUGAUUCCGGAUACGCAGGAAUGGGGACAACGGUUGAGGCCAAGUAUAUUCUCGGCUGCGAUGGAGCUCAUAGCUGGGUCAGAAAGCAGCUCGGGUUGAGACUUGAGGGCGAAAGCUACAACGAUUGUUGGGGUGUUCUGGAUAUUAUCCCUUUGACAGAUUUUCCCGACAUUCGAAAACGUUUCAUUAUCAAGUCAAAGCAUGGAACUCUCAUGAUGAUCCCGCGGGAGAGAAAACUGGUGCGCGUCUACGUUGAGCUUCCACCCGAAGUAGCCAACAGGUAUCGCGCAGAUCGCAAUGCGGACAUCCUCACAGAGCAGGUCGCGACUAUCAUGCAGCCGUAUACUCUGAAAACAAAUCGCAUUGACUGGUCAACCAUAUAUACCGUCAGCUCACCCUUCCUUUGCUCCUUUGACGCUGUACCUGGAACACCCAAGUUAAUAACAAACCAGGUCGGCCAACGCAUCUGCCGAAAGAUCGGUCUACAUAACCGCAUAUUCCUUGCUGGAGACGCUAUCCACACGCAUUCCCCGAAGGCAGGGCAAGGGAUGAACGUCAGCAUGCAAGACACGUUUAAUCUCGGCUGGAAAAUCGCGUCCGUCAUCAAGGGUGUAUUGCACCCAUGGGUCCUUGAGACAUACCAAGAAGAACGGUUGCCCGUUGCUGAAAGACUGAUCGCAUUAGACCAGCGAAUCUGCCGAGGAAUGUGCAGCCAGCGGAGCGGGCAUCCAGAGGUGCAACAAGGCCACUUCGACGAGGACCACAAGCGAGCGCUCGAGGAUGAGAAUUCCUCAAUGUCGGGACUCGCUGUAAUCUACCAACCUAAUUCUCUGGUCACAUCAACAGCUUGGGAUGCGCCCUUGCUAAAAGACGUGGCGUCCUGCAUCAGCAGACCAUCUGUGGCCCAGAACCUCCAAGUCGGCGCGCGCAUUCCUAGCGUGCUGAUCCUUAACCAAAGCGACUCGCAAGCAUGCCAUUUGCAGCAGAUCCUCCCCAGUACGGGACAAUGGAAUCUGCUUGUUUUUGGAGGGGACAUUGCGGAUGCGGAUCAGAAGAGCCGCGUCCAAGACCUCGCAGAUGCUCUCAAUUCCUCGGGUUCAGUUUUUGAAAAGUUAAAUGACCCAGUCUCGGUGGCGCGGCGCGGGUUUCCGGCUCUCGGCGUGUAUCUCAUUCACUGUGCAGAUAGACUUAGCAUCGAGCUAAACGACCUGCCAAUGGUCUUCCGUCCUUGGACAAAAGACGGUGUAGACUAUGGCAGGGUUUGGGCUGAUGGAGAAGCUUACCAUCAUGCCGGCGGAGGGAAGCUGUACUCGUCUUUUGGUAUUGGGGACAAGGGGUGUAUGGCCUUACUGCGACCUGAUCAGCAUCUGGCUUUUCUUUCGGAUAUUAAUGAUGUGGAGAGUCUGGAACAGUUUCUGCGGUCGAUCAUGCCUGAAGCGACGCAGAAGCCUAUGCCCAUAUAA